AUGGUAUUACCAUUAUUAAAAGUUGGGUCAUUAUUAAUUAAAAGUUUGGCUAAACCAUUGUCAAAACAAAUUAAAAUAAGAGCAUCAAAAUCACCAAUAUUCCAUGACAGAGUUGUUAGAGGUGCAAGACUAUGGCAUAAAUUAGAUUUGAAAUUAACCAAAUUCAAUGGCGAUACAACUAGAAAACCAGUAGAUUUAAAUGUUAACGCUGCAAUUGAUUUAGGUACUGAAAUAGUUUCUGAAGCAUUUUUAUUAAGUGUUGCAAUUGGUCUUUUAUUAUAUGAAACCUCAAGAAGUUCUGAAAAAGAUAAAAAGAAAGAAGAGGCACUACAAAAUAGAUUUAAAAAUUUAGAAGAAAAACUUGAAGUUCAACAAGAAACUAUUAAUAAUUUAACAAAUGUUAUUGAAGCAAUACAAUCAUCGAAUCCAAAUUUAAAUAUAUAUAUUGACCCAAAUCAAUCAACAAAAUCAUCAAUUGCUGAAUACAUAAAUACUCAUAAUAUUAAAUUAAAUUCUUUAAAAAACGCGCAAACAGAAAAUGAUUAUAAAUCAAUUUCCAGUGAAGGAAUUCCAAAUAAAAGAAUAUCCAAUGUAAACUAA